AUGCCUGUCCGAGUGAGGGUGCAGCCACAUAAUUUUUGUCACUACAUGCUGAAUAAUAGAGGCUUGUGUUUUUACAGAAGCAAAGCAAAUUUCACGCUGCAGCGCUCCAGAGACCCCUUAUUUUGGGUGGCUGCCCUGCGGAGCAUGCAAGCUGAUAACACAGGUGGUGAAUGUCCAGCAGAAUGUGACUGUCCACCCACCUUCCCUACUGCCAUGUACCGCGACAACCGCAACCUUAAAAAGAUGCCAUACAUCCCCUCACGCAUGAAAUAUGUCUACCUGCAGCACAAUCAAAUCACUACUGUUCCUGAUAGUGCUUUCGGAAAUGCUACAAACCUCAUAUGGAUCAUGCUCCAUGAGAACCAGAUCAACACUGUUGGGAAGAAGGCUUUUGCCAAUCUAAUGAGUCUGGAGCGCCUUUAUUUGAACGGUAAUAACAUGACGAAAGUGCCAGCCAACUUGCCCCGCUCCCUACGUGACCUCCGCCUCAGUAAUAACAAGAUUGCUAAAGUGCCUCCUAAUGCUUUUGAGGGUAUGGACAAUUUGACCAUCCUUCUUCUCCAAAACAAUGCCAUCCAAGAAGUGGUUGGAGCACUGAAGGGACUUAAAUCACUCAUAUUGCUCGAUGUCAGCGGCAACAAACUGAAGAAGGUUCCAGAGGGUCUGCCAGAUAUGCUGCACCAGCUGUACCUGGAGUCCAAUUCUAUUGAAGCUGUCCCAGCCGACUUCCUGGACCACUUCUCCAAUUUACAGUACAUCCGGAUCUCCCACAAUGAGCUGACAGACAAGGGUAUCCCUCCUAAUGCCUUCAAUGUCAGUGGGCUAAUUGAAUUGGACCUUUCCUUCAACAAGCUGGAGAGGAUCCCUACAGUCAGCACAAGCCUGGAACACCUUUACCUGCAGGCCAAUCAGAUUAAAGAGUUUACCCUGGGAAGCUUCUGCAGUGUGGUGGACAUCACAAACUUCUCCAAACUGAAGGUGCUGCGGCUGGAUGGCAAUGAAAUCAAUCGGAGAGACGUGCCAUCUGAGGCUUCUCUGUGUCUCCGCCUUGCCUCUGACAUUAUCCUAUAG